ACUGGAAAUACCGUCGAGAACCUGGGGUAAUGAGUCAUCCAAGUGAUGGAGAGGCAUGGAAAAAGUUUGAUCAGUGUCAUCCUAACUUUGCAAGCGAGCCUCGAAAUAUAAGACUUGGACUUGCAGCUGAUGGAUUUAGUCCUUAUGGGAAUAUGGCCCAUCCUUAUUCUUGUUGGCCAGUAAUCAUUACACCGUACAAUCUGCCACCUGAAAUGUGCAUGACUAGCCCUUAUAUGUUCUUAAGUCUUCUCAUUCCUGGUCCAAAGAGCCCUGGAAAGAAUAUAGAUAUAUACUUAGAACCUUUUAUUGAUGAAUUAAAGCAAUUAUGGGUUGAUGGGGUUGAGACUUAUGAUUCUCAUAAGAAACAGAAUUUUCAAAUGCGAGCUGCACUUAUGUGGACUACUAAUGAUUUCCCAGCUUAUGGAAUGUUGUCUGGUUGGAGCACACAUGGUCUAUUAGCAUGCCCUUGUUGUAUGGGUAAAAGUAAGGCAUUUUACUUAAAACAUGGGAGAAAAGGUUCAUUCUUUGAUUGCCAUCGUAAAUUUUUGCCUAUGGGUCAUCCAUUUCGACUGGAUAGAAAGUCAUUUUUAAGAGGAAGGGUUGAGAACUCUACUCCUCCUCAUAGGUUGUCUGGUGAAGAAGUUUGGAACAAAGUUUGUACCUUACCAAAAGUGUGUGAUCAUCACGCCUUCGGUAAGUUGCUAGGGUUUGGGGAUCAACAUAAUUGGACAAAACAAAGCAUUUUUUGGGAAUUGCCAUAUUGGAGUACAAAUAUUAUUCGGCAUAAUCUUGAUGUGAUGCAUAUUGAGAAAAAUGUGUUUGAUAAUAUAUUCAACACAAUAAUGGAUGUAACAGAUAAAACAAAAGACAAUUUAAAUGCUAGAAGGGAUGUGCAAAAUUGUUGCAAUCGUCCAGAGCUUGAAUUGUUGGAGCAUGAAGGAAAAAUUUUGAAGCCAAAGGCAGCCUAUUCAUUGACAAAAGAACAAAGAAAGUUGAUAUGUGAAUGGUUGAAAAGCUUAAGGUAUCCCUAUGGUUAUGCUUCAAAUUUGUCUAGAUGUGUAGACAUGGAAGAUUGUAAAUUAUCAAGGAUGAAGAGUCAUGAUUGUCAUGUAUUUCUAGAAAGGUUGCUACCAAUUGCAUUUCGAGAUCUUUUGCCAGAGCCAAUUUGGAAUGCCUUAACAGAGAUAAGUUUAUUUUUUAAAGGUUUAUGCGCAAAUGUGUUAAAAGUAGAAGAUCUCCAGCAGCUUGAGGAAAGCAUAAAGGUUACAAUUUGCAAGCUAGAGAAAAUAUUUCCUCCUGGUUUCUUUGAUCCUAUGGAACAUUUGCCAAUUCAUUUACCAUAUGAAGCAAUAGCUGGAGGUCCAGUCCAUUUUCGAUGGAUGUAUCCUUUUGAGCGAGAAAUACACACUUUAAAGAAGAUGGUGAAAAAUAGAAUUCGUGUCGAGGGAUCAAUAUGUGAAGCUUAUAUCAUUAAAGAAAUUUCAACAUUCAGUUCUCAUUAUUUCCAGCCUAAUGUGCAAACUAGGCACAACAAAGUUACUCGAAAUGAUGAUGGAGGUGAAGUUGAUGCACCCGAUGGUUGUCUAUCCAUCGUUUUGCAUCCCGGAUGUCCGAGUGGGGAGAUGAAUGGUCGUUAUUUGUCUGAUAAGGAGUGGGAUGCAGCAAGAAUAUAUGUUUUGUUGAAUUGUGAGGAGAUUCAACAAUUCAUCCCUAUCUUUGAAGCUGAAUUGAAAAGAAAUUCAGAAAAUAUCAGUCUCGAGGAAAUUGAUAAAGAGACGAAUAGUAGAUUUGCCAACUGGUUCGAAGCUUAUGUUCUCAAUCCAACUAACAACAUAAGUGAUGAGCGGUUAAGAGACUUGGCUUCUGGUCCUUAUAAGUGGGUGCAAACUUGGCCUCAAUAUUUUACAAAUGGCUAUAGGUUCCACACACUUAGUCAUGGCUCUAACAAAUCAACUAUGAAUAGUGGUGUGUGCAUAAAAGGGACAACUUGGAAUGACUAUGAAAGUGACUAUUAUGGAUUGCUUGGUGAGGUGAUACAACUCGAAUAUUCCAAUCCAACAAAGAAAAGAACCACUCUUGUCUUGUUCAAAUGUGAUUGGUUUGAUCCAACAAUGGGUCGAGGGUGUAAGGUUCAUAAUCAGUAUGGGCUGAUUGAUAUCAAUCAUAAAAAAGGUUCUCGAGCUAUGCUUAUGAACCUUUUGUAUUGGCUGAACAAGCGCAACAAGUCUAUUUUGCAGAAUAUCCCAGUAAAAAGAACAAUAGUAUUGACUGGUGGGCAGUGUGUAAAAUAAAAGCUAGAAAUCAAAUUGAUUCUCCAAAUAUCCCAUACCAAGAAGAUGACAAUUUACCCCUUAUAAUCCCAAAUAUCACUGAUGAUCUUGAUAGCUUACGUCAUGAAAACGGUGAAUUGGAAAUGCAUGAAGUUGAAAAUGAGACUGAUGAAAUUGAUCAAGAGCAUGAUAUUAAUGCUAUUGAAAGUGAUGAAGAGAUAGAAGAAUCUGAUUUUGAGCUCUCUGAAGAUGAAGGAGAUGACCAAAGUGAUGAAAACUUUGAAACCGAUGAGAGUGAAUGAUAAUGACUUUUUACUGUAAGUUCUUUUCUAGAG